GGCAAUCAAAGGAAAGGAAAAGAAGAGCCUCUGGCCGUCCCGCUGCCAACCAUCAAGUCCGGCUCCGGGCAGCCGGCCAUAAAUGUGCACCUCCUCCUCCCAACCGAACCAUCUACCAUCGCCAUCACUUUCUUCCACCUCCUUCAAUUCACUGCGGCAUGCUUCCAUCCAGCGGCUGCCUGCUGUCUUCACUACUCUUCAGCAGCUAGCAGCAGUCUAGCAGAGCACUGAUCGAGCACCCACCCAUCAUCAUUGUCAUCCUUCCUUCCUUCUUCCCCGGCCGCCAUUUUCCUCUCCCGAUCUCAUCAUCUCCCUCGUGUUCCACCUCCGCCCCCACCACCAUUAAUGCCGCCCGACCCACCACCUCCGAUCCUGCUGGCUGGCUGAGGCCCCGGCCGCUCCAUCCAUCCCGGAUCCUUAUAUCACUCACCCACCUCCGCGCGCUAGCUUCACUCCCACUGCCUUCACACUACUACCAGCUAGCUCAGCUCGUAGCUAGUACCAAGCAGGCAAGCAAGCCGCUAGCGACAAUGGCCGCCGAGAAUGGCAGCGGCAGCAGCAUCAGCACCAAGGAGCAGGUAGUCGUCACCGUGACGGGCAGCCGCACGGUGUCGCCCGCCAAGAGCCGGUGCGCCCUGGCCACCUUCGACCUCCCCUACAUCACCUUCUACUACAACCAGAAGUUGCUCCUGUACCGCACCGCCCUCGACUUCCCCGACGCCGUGGCGCGCAUCGCGGCCGCUCUCUCCGACGCGCUCCGCGUCUUCUACCCGCUCGCCGGCCGCAUCCGCCAGGACGCCGACGGCGCGCUCGCCGUGGAGGGCGACGAGGGCGCCGAGGUCCUAGAGGCCGAGGCCGUGGGCGUCGCCGUCGACGAACUCGCCGGAGGGGACUGCGGCGAGGAGGCCGAGAGGGUCAUGCAGCAGCUGGUGCCAUACACCGGCGUCAUGAACCUCGAGGGGCUCCGACGACCGCUGCUCGCCGUCCAGCUGACCCAGCUCAGGGACGGCCUGGCCGUUGGUUGCGCCUUCAACCACGCCGUGCUGGACGGCACCUCCACCUGGCACUUCAUGUCCUACUGGGCCCAGCUCUGCCGCAGCAGCACCACCACCCGCAGCCCCCCAUCCCUGCUGCAGCCCAUCCUCGACCGUUCCCUGGCCCGCUCCGUCCGCGUGCGCCUGGACCUUCCCGAGUCCGCCGAGGCCCACGAGAAGACGGACCCGAACGGGCCCAAGAAGGCCCUGGUGGCCCGCGUCUUCUCCUUCUCGGAGGCGAGCGUGGGGCGCAUCAAGGCGGGCGUCAACGCGGCGCUCCCGCCGGGCGCCAAGCCUUUGUCGACGUUCCAGUCCCUGGGCGCGCACAUCUGGCGCGCCGUCUCCCGCGCCCGCGGCCUCGGCCCCGCCGACAUCACCGCCUUCGCCGUCUUCGCCGACUGCCGCGCCCGCCUCGACCCGCCGCUCCCGCCCGCCUACUUCGGCAACCUCAUCCAGGCCGUCUUCACGGGCGUGCCCGCGGGGAUGCUCCUGGGCGGGCCCCCGGAGCUGGCGGCGGGGCUGCUGCAGAAGGCCAUCGACGAGCACGACGCCGCCGCCGUGGCGCGGAGGCUGGAGGAGUACGAGGCCGCGCCCAAGCUCUUCCACUACAGCGACGCCGGGCCCAACUGCGUCGCCGUGGGGAGCUCCCCGCGCUUCAGGGUGUACGACGUCGACUUCGGGUUCGGCAGGCCCGAGCGCGUGCGCAGCGGCGGCAACAACAAGUUCGACGGCAUGGUGUACCUCUACCCAGGGCGCGGCGGCGAGGGAGGCAUCGACGUCGAGCUGGCGCUGCAGCCGGAGCCGAUGCAGAGGCUCCAGAAGGACGCAGAAUUCCUCCUCCUGCAGCAGGCGGCUGCCUGAUUUUAAUUAAUUUGCGGCAUUCGUAGAUCGUCGGUUUACAAGCAAGCCAAGUACGACUCUGUUAGUUGCUUCAUCAUUAUAUUAAUUAUUCGUUGUUGCUUGCAUUGCUUCGUCAUCGAUCAUUCCGUGCAUGUACGACUCUGAUCUGUCUGCUGGCUGCUCCCAAUCAUCAAGCUAAUGUACUCUUGCAUUGCAUGUAUCUUGUUGUUAUAUGUACCGUGCCACUGGAAUAUUAAUCGUCAAGAAUAAACAAUUCUCAUGCACCUUUAUUUA